AUACCAUCAACCCGUGUUUAAACAAUGGUAAAUGCAAUAACAUCAAAGGAGACUUUGAAUGCAUAUGUGCAAGUGGUUGGAAAGGAAAAGUAUGCGAUUGUGAAAAAGGAACUGCAUGCGAUUUCGGAGAGUCAAAAACGGACGAUGGGCCAACUGGUAAAGGGACGCAACUAAUUUGCAACAUAUCUGUAUUCAUAGUGUCUUUAAUUACGUACACAAUUUGGACUGUGUAG